UUUGUAAAUAUAUUGUAAUUAUUAUAAGCGUUUUCCGUAUUAUAAGAAGUUGGUCAUUUAAAGGUCAGCAGCCACACAUCUGGUUCAAUUUUGUAUUCAAGGGGGAUGUUGUUGUUAUAUACAUUAAAUGAAUACUUCAUCAAAAUAAAUAUUGUUAUUAUUGCAGUUGAGAUCGACAUUGUUGUUGUGCACGAGUUGUAGAGCAUGUCAGAAUAUGCGCUUUAAUUUUGAUAGGUCGCUACUUGUUUACUUCUUUCCAACACCCCGUACUUUUUCCACCCACCCAAGUCCCGCCUUGAUUUUGCUCUUUGCCAUGGUUGGGUCGGCUGUAUAAAUGACUUCUCGUCUGCCCAAUCACAUGCUGAUUACACAAAACCGCCACGAGCCAAUCAUGGCGCGAGAGGUGGGAUUUGUCAUGAAACGGGUGUGAGACAGAAGAUUCCACCCGCUAAACUUUGCCGCUGUAGUGGUGUAGUCUUCGUGAAGUGGCGCCUCAUCUGGAGUCGAGCUGUUCGCCGGGAUUCGCGUCCCAGACUCCACUGAGGCCAUGAAGAGAAGGCUUCAGAAAAAAUACAUCAUCUUAAUAUUAGGAUAUUCCGUAGGGCUGCUUUUGAUUCCGUACGCACUAGAUUACCGGAGCAAAUCGCCUCAUGUAAAAGAUGGAUUUCAGCAACAGAAGUGUCCCGAUCUGAAGACCACCAUCGCCCUGUGGAGCAGUACCAGAGAAGGGACGGGCAACUCAUCGGAUACGGAGGACGAUGGAAACAGGAGUCAGUCCAGAACACACAUAUACCUGCAUGCAACCUGGAGGACAGGCUCUUCAUUUUUAGGGGAACUAUUUAAUCAACAUCCCGAUGUGUUUUAUUUAUACGAGCCCAUGUGGAAUAUGUGGCAGGCUCUUUAUCCAGGAGAUGCGGGUAGUUUACAAGGAGCAGUCAGGGAUAUGAUGAACUCCCUCUUUAGGUGCGAUUUCUCCGUGUUAAGACUCUACGCGGGAUCUACCAACAUAAGCACUUCUUUUAUAUUCGGCUGGAAAACAAACAAGGUCAUUUGUUCCGAGCCGUUGUGCAAAGCGUACAAAAAGCACGAAAUCGGUUUGAUUCAAGGAGACGUGUGUGGCAAAUGCCAGCCCAGGGAUCUGAAAGAGUUGGAGAGGGAGUGUAAAAAGUACCCGGUGAUGGUUAUUAAAGACGUGAGGGUUUUAGAUCUGGGCGUUUUGAUUCCUCUAAUGCGCGACCCCAAUGUAAAUCUCCAAAUCGUGCAGUUGUUUCGCGACCCGAGGGCUGUGCAUAAUUCCCGGCUGAAGUCGAAACUGGCUCUCGUGAAGGAAAGCAUACAGGUGCUGAGGAGCAAGAAACAGACGGAUAAAUACAAGCGACUUCUGAUACCUAGCAACAGAGUCAACCGUGCAGAGAGCUACGUCUCCAGCGCGAUGGAGCUGAUCUGCGACAACUGGCUCAACGAUAUGCUGUUGGUCGCGAACGCGCCGUCGUGGGUGAGGAGAAACUACAUGCAGAUCAAAUAUGAAGAUUUGGUCUUGAGUCCUGUGGAAGAGCUGCGGAAACUCUACCGUUUCUCCAACCUCACCCUCUCGCCGGACAUGGAGAGGUUUGUGGUGAACAUGACCCGCGGUCAGGGCUAUUCCUCGGAUAAACCCUUCCUCAUAUCAUCCAGAGAUGCCAAAGAGGCGAUAUAUGCCUGGCGCGAGCGGCUGAACGUGGAGCAGGUGAACCAGGUUGAAGCUUACUGCAGUGAGGUUAUGAGACAGCUGAGAUAUCGGAAGAGGAACGUGGACAUCAAAACAUGAGCGCAUGGAGAUCAAUGGGUAGGAAGCAGAAGAGAAUAGAAGAAAUGGAGCCUGACAUGAAGAUACAGCAGGAGGUACGAGGGAGGCUCUGAUGGAACCGAGGAACCACGAGCCCUCGCAGUGCCGCACAGUGGAAGACAGUAGGGUUUAUGAUAGAGACUUACAAACCUACCAACCUCGUACGAUACUGACAAGAAUCUAAUGUGACAGACACUAACAAAAAUAUCAGAGGGAAGACGUGAAUACAUGGAUCAACAGAAUGGAUCAUCUACAAAUGCCUCAGUCCUGGCUGUGUCCUGACAGCCAGAUUUCAUCAGCAAUAAUCCCCCAAUCCCCAGCAGCCCAUAAUCAGCCACAGGAGACAGACGCCCGGCUCUUUGUGUGUGAGCGCACAUGUGUUUUCGCACACACGUUAGGCCUGCGCUUUUUCAUCCUGAUCCUUUAUACAUCCUGAUAAAGUGCAAUUCAAUGAACUGAAUAUCCUGAGAGAGGCCUGUCGAAGGAAUUGAAAGCACCUGUAGCUUCUCUUCAACAACCCGCAAAACACCUCGGCUGGUGUGAAAUGUGCCCGUUCCCCCUGGAGGUCACCAGUUGGUUCUUAUUGUAUACGCUGAAUGGCCGUGUCGAUCUGCAUGUAAACGUGAAGGCUAUACAGAGGUUUGGAUUACAAUUUGCAUACCUAAAGAGGUGAAAACCUGUUGAAGCAAUCAUACAAAACAGGUGGGGGUGAGAUCUAAUUGAAUUGCUUCUACUGAUCAAAGUAUAACACGGACAGUAUUAUCAUUUGCUGUAAAAAGUUAUUUUGUGGACUAGUGUUCACUGUUCAGUCUGCUGCACCUUUAAAACACACAUAUUUACUCGAAGCCAUGUGAACUUGUGUCUUGAGGAAUUAACAAAUGAGCUCGAUGAACAAUUUUGUUAUUUAUAAAUAAACCCUGUAAAUAAAUUUUUGUAGGAAAAACCGUACUCGUCUUGUUUCGUGGUUAUUUAAUGACAUAUAAAAGAAAACAAACACCUUAUUUUGAUAUUGCUACCGUAGACCACUUUGAUACAUUGGCUAUUUUUUAUAAACAAACCACAAAGCAUACCACAGUUUCAAUGCAUUUUUGACAGGCCGAGUGCAUCUUUACAUAUAAUAAUAAUAAUUAUUAUAAACAAUAAUGACGACUCUUGGGGAAAAAUAGAGCAUCUCAGUAGUUCAAUACAUCACAGACAUGAAAAAUGGUAGCUUAUGAUUCUUUGUAUGUUUGUUUAUAUGGCAGAUACAGACACAUGCACGACAGCAAGGAAAAUAGGAAUGCUACUAGGAGAUUUACAUACAAGUUCUUCAAAGGUCAAGAUAAAAGCUAUAAGUCAGGUUGGAAAUGGCAUUUCACAUCAGCGUGACUUCAUUCCCGGAUUACACCACUUUUCGGUCGUUUGCUACAGCCGGUGUUCCCCCAACCCAAUCACAAUACGAGGGUAGCAAAAUCUGAUGGGUAUCAAAAAUCGACAGAACACCGGUCCGAGGUUCAAAACACCUGCGCAACACAAAGUCCAUCAGCAGAAACUCCGUCUUAAAUAGUGCAUAUCUCCUUAACGCAUGUUUCAAUCCCCACUUUGAAACAAAAUGGCAUUGAAACUCAAUUCCGUUUAAAUCUUGGAUGGCCCUGAUAAAAGCAAACAGUAGUCGGGCCAGGCGCGAGCAUUAUUGAGUCGGCUGUAACAUCAUCCCGACUAUUUAGGCGAACGGAGAGAGUGAAUGGUUAAUUUGUUGUGAAGAUGGAUACAUCAAAUCCAAAUAUGAAUCAAACGUCUACAAUCAGAGCUAAGACGAGGUUACGUUAGCUAUUAACUAAUAAAAAAUCCUAUCCGCGUGGACUUUAGACUUGCAUUAUCAACGAGAUUCUUCUGUACACGCAUACGAACGCAAAUGGCAGGAAGCCACCGAGAAACAGCAUUCUGUCAAUUUUCGUUGCAUACGUUAAAAAGUCAUCCAUCUUCACAAACGCUCAAUAUAUUCUAUAAAGGUGCAAAGGGAACGCCACACGUCCAUUUCCAGCACGUAUCUGUUCUGGUUGUAAGUGGAUAAGAAGUUAAUAUUAUAAGUAACGCUUCCAAAUGCGAUGCAUGCAUGAGAGGACCGCAGCUCAGCUGCAGCUAAAGUGCAUGGGUCAUACACUCGGGUUGCGGCCAGCUGUGCAAAACUCCACAGCUGCGGGGAUCUGCGGAUUCGUAUUUACAACGUUUGGCCACGAGCCAGGACUUGACGUCAAGAAGCAGCUGCAUGUAAACUUGAUCUGGUGCAUUGAAGGGUGACAGGGCGGGAUAAGUGUACUUGCGAGUAUGUGUCGUGAGAUGAAACUUCGAUAGCCUGUCACAUACAGCCUUGAGUAUUUACAGUUAGUCAUCCAAGAAAUGAUUAAAAUGAUGAAUUAAUUCAAUGCAAAAGAUUGAAUAAGAUUAGAUAUAAUACCGAGUUGUCGGUUUGGUGCGUAAACAUCAAAACAGUUUUUCUUUAAUACCAUCUUUGUGUGUUCCAGCUUCUUUCAAAUUUUUUACGUUUGUUGGCAAAAGAAAAACAAAGAAUGAUUGCGCUAACUUGUUAGAAUGUAGCAAGAAGCAUUGUGUGACGGUAUGAAUGUGAAGGUUUUGGGAACACACAGCUAGUGUUCAGCAUCAGUCCAUCAUCAUAUACGACAGGGCUUACAUCAUUCAACAGCCCGAGCUGUCAUCAUUCUCAAAAGUUUUACAUUUCU